UUAGGUUAUGUGAACCAUAACCAAAACAAACCUUGAAAAGAAAAAUAAUUUGAUUUUUUUCGUUUUUCUAUUAUUUUUAAUGAGUUGCCGUUCAUGGUUUAUAUGUGGAAAUCUUCUAAAGUUUUGGGGGCCAACAUUUUCCUAACCAAACAAUUCUUCUGCAGUACAAGCCCCAGAAACAUGCCAAAAAAGCCAAAAAUAAAAGAGGGCAAAUCCUCCAAGGAUUCAAAAGUUGACAAACCAACGGCAAAAGGCCCCUUAAAAACUAACCCAGAAGGUAGCAUUCUCAUGGAGAUCUAUGCUAAACCUGGAGCAAAACAGAAUUGCAUAGUUGAAGUAACUGAAGAAGGCAUAAAUGUUCAAAUAAAUGCUCCCCCAGUUGAAGGUUCUGCCAAUACGGAACUUGUAAAAUAUAUGGCAUCAUUCCUCGGACUAAAAUCAAGCCAUGUGACACUAGAGAGGGGUCAUAAGUCAAGAAACAAAGUUUUGAAAAUCUCUGGUGGGAUCUCAAAGGCAGCUAUUGUAGAGAAACUUAAUGCGGAAUUACCAGAUGGGUCGAGAUUGACUGAAGAUUGAUGAUAUUAGGAAAAACUUUCCCUAAUAUUGCCCAACAAGAAAGGCAACAACAUGUAAAAGUAAUAAAAAAUUUGGAAAUUAAAUAAGACAAAAAAAUGUUAAUUUUUUGCUUGAUUAGUUAAUAUGAAGGGAGUAAAUGUAUUAUUAUUUUGAAUGUA